AACAAUGACAGCUUGAGGGCAUUCUCACAGAGAAGGCUUCUACUAAAAGAGGAAUUCUCCCACCCCCCCUUAAACUUUUCAUGGUUUAGCAAAGCAACCCAAGAGAGUACUGCAUAAACCAGCUAUGAUACCAAGAAUUCAUUCCCAACAGAUGUUUUUUCAAUCCUACAACUACUAACCACCACCACCAUGAUUUCCUUAGCUGAUGUCUAUCAUGUUUUGGCAGCCACUGUCCCUUUAUAUGUUGUGAUGAUUGUAGCCUACAUCUCUGUAAAAUGGUGGAAGCUUUUCACACCAGAUCAAUGUUCGGGCAUAAACAAGUUUGUGGCAAAAUACUCAAUUCCACUGCUGUCUUUCCAAGUGAUCUCUGGCAACGACCCCUACAAAAUGAACCUGAAACUAAUAUUCGCUGACAUAAUGCAGAAACUACUUGCCUUUUCGGUAUUAACAGCAAUUACUAAAGUCAGCUCCCGGGGAGACUUAAAUUCGAUCAUUACCGGUAUCUCUCUUUCAACACUGCCAAACACAUUGAUCCUGGGACUUCCACUAUUGAAAGCCAUGUAUGGUGAAGAAGCAGCUAAGCUCCUUGGCCAGAUUGUUGUCUUGCAAAGCCUUGUUUGGUACAAUCUUCUAUUGUUUCUGUUUGAGGUCAGUGCCGUGAAGGCAGCCCCAUUGACACCACCAUUAGAAGCCCCAGUUAAACUCUCUUCAAUUGCAUGUGUAUCAAUCGGAAAUUUGCCAGAAGGGUUUUCUGUGAAGUCUCCCAUAACAUCAACAGAUGUUAGUCAUGUAGAAACAGAAGCCCCCCAAGAGGCACAGACAAAAGAGGAAGAGGAGGAACUGAGAACCAGAACUACAAAGAAAAUCAAAACCAUGCUCAUUCUCUUAACAGUGGGGAAGAAGCUUAUAAGAAAUCCCAAUACUCAUGCCACUUUCCUGGGUCUUAUUUGGGCAAGCAUACACUUCAAGUGGGGAGUAAAAAUGCCAGAAAUGGUCAAACAAUCAAUAAUGAUAAUUUCAAAUGGGGGACUUGGCAUGGCAAUGUUCAGCUUAGGUCUUUUCAUGGCAUCAAGAGCUAGCAUAAUAGCAUGCGGGACCCGGAUGGCUUUGGUAGCCAUGGCAAUGAAGUUCCUAAUGGGGCCUGCCCUAAUGGCAGUGUCUUCAGCUGCCACAGGACUAAGGGGCAAAGUCUUCAGAGAGGCCAUUGUGCAGGCAGCCCUUCCUCAAGGAAUUGUUCCAUUUGUGUUUGCCAAAGAGUAUAACAUACAUCCAGACAUAUUGAGCACCGGGGUAAUUUUUGGCAUUCUCAUCUCCAUGCCAAUAGCCUUAGCCUACUACUUUCUGUUAGAAUUGUAGAAGAGUGCUGUAUAACCAGGACUUUCUGUGACAUAUUUUUAAGCAGGAAACCAUCAAUUGUUAAAGAUGGAUUGCAGAAGUUUAUUCAAUUUAUUUAAGUUUAUGUGACAUUACUAUUUCACCCUAGAACAGAUAAAUGUAUUCAUUAAGAAAAUUAGCAAGCUUAAAUGCA